AUGGAAUCUAGUAAAGUUAUAGACUGUAAUAAUGUUUAGCAUACCUAAGUUGACAGAAAAAAUAAAUUAUAUUAGGAAUAAAAAAGAAAAAGAGUGAUAAGUGCAAAGCAAGAUCCUAAAUGGAACUUCCCUAACCCUCGUAAAGGAACUGCUUUUACUGAAAUCAAUUUUAUGGAUUUUAGAGUAAUUUAAGAUAAAAAAGAAAUAAAAUUGACAACAUACAGAUAUAAACCAACUAAUGGGCAGGAACCUAAAGCUCUGUUUUUGCUAUUUCAUGGAUUAAACAGCAGUGUUAGUCAUGGGUCUCAUAUUGCCAAAGCUCUUGCUGAUUCUGGUUUCUGUGUGGUGGGAUUCGAUCAUAGAGGAUUUGGAGGUAGUGAAGGAAAAAGAGGAUAUUUAGAAAAUUAUGAAAUUCAUCUAUAAGAUUGUAGAACCUUCAUAAAUAAAAUAGAAGAAAUGUAUGGUUAAUAAAUAAAAAAGUUUAUAGGAGGGUUAUCAAUGGGAGGUAUGUCCAGCUAUAAUAUGUCACUAGAACUUCCAUUUAAAUUUGCAGGUGUUGUAUUGUUCGCUCCAGCAAUCAAACCUUUUAUCAAUGGUUUCCUUGUAAAAGUAGCAAAAUUUAUUGCUGCUAUUACACCUGAAUGGAGAUUUAUAAAAUAGGCUGGAACAAAUUGUCAUAAAAGCCCUGAAAUGUCUUAGUACUAAUCAAAAGACCCAAACACUUAUUCUAGUAAAAUGUGCACUGGUACAGUAAGGACAAUCUAUAAGGGCAUGGAAAGCAGCUUCAAGACUUUUGAACAAUAUAAUGCCCCUUUCUUAAUUAUUCAAGGUGGUUUAGAUAAAUUGGUAGACCCUGAUGUUGGUUAUGAUUUGAUUGAAAGGUCACCUAGUAAAGACAAAACACAUUGGUACUAUGAAAAUAUGUGGCAUGACAUAUGGCACGAACCAGAAAUAGUUGAGAUACUUCCUAGAGUUAUAAAAUGGUGUGAAGAAAGAAUUUGA